UCCGCUCAAAACCUAAUGUUUCUUUUCGUUUUCUUUCUCCCUAUUUGCAGUUACAUAACCGAACUAAAUCACGCCAUUAACAUAUCGGUCCAUAAACCGAGCAAAUGUGUGGUGUUCCAACGUAAAGGCAUUUUGAUCUCCGAACUGGAUCCCGAAAGAGAUAUGGACUGGGAGGAAGCGGUAAAAAACGUCGAGAGUGUUCCGUGUGUCCCCGUGGAAGCAAACGAUCCACUUUAUAUCCUGUAUACCUCUGGAACUACUGGUGAACCAAAAGGUGUUCAACGUCCUGUGGGUGGUCAUCUUGUAGCUCUAGCAUUCACGAUGAAAGCUCUAUACAAUAUGGGGCCUAAUGACGUAUGGUGGGCUACCAGUGAUUUCGGAUGGGUGGUGGGACACUCCUAUAUGUGCUAUGGGCCACUAGUGCAUGGUAUUACUAGUGUUAUUUAUGAGGGAAAACCUAGUACUACUCCUGAUGCUAGUUCUUAUUACAGGAUAAUCAACGACUACAAAGUGAAUGCCAUGUUCACAGUUCCAACAGCGCUCAGACUCCUCAGAGAAGUAGACCCAGAAGCAAAAUUCGGAGCAGAAUUCGACAUUUCAAGUCUAAAACACGUGUGGGUAGCAGGAGAGCACAUGGACUCUUCCACAAAACUAUGGGCAGAAAAAAUCUUUAAUGUCCCAAUAACGAACCACUGGUGGCAAACGGAAACUGGAACGGCAAUCUCUGGAACAUGUGCCGGACUAACGAAUCCUUGUCAAGAUAGCACCUUAACCACUGGAUUGCCAUUUCCAGGAUAUAAUGUUCAAGUCAUUUCAAAAGAUGGACGGCUAGCAGAUAAAAACGAGCUUGGAAGAAUAGUUAUUAAGCUUCCAUUGCCACCUGGGGCUUUAACCACGCUUCUUAAAGCAGACGACAGGUUUUAUAAAACAUAUUUUACAAAAUAUUCAGGUUUCUAUGACACAAUGGACGCAGGUUAUUUAGACGAGAAUGGUCUACUAUAUGUCACAGCCAGAGCUGAUGACAUCAUCAACGUAGCUGGACACAGACUAUCCACCAUAGCUAUUGAAAAUAUAAUAUUGUCACAUCCAGACAUUUGUAACGCUUGUGUCGUUUCUGUGCCAGAUAAAAUAAAAAACGAGGUACCACUGGGUCUUUUUGUAAUGAAAGAAGAUGCUAACUUAAAUGAAUACUUGAUAGCCCAAGAGCUGGUGAUUAUGGUAAGAGAGUAUUUGGGUCCUGUAGCAUCUUUUAGGCUCGCCAUAGGGGUAAAGGCCCUACCGACUACCAGAUCUGGAAAAAUUUGCAGAAAAUCCAUUGCGGAUUUGGCCAGAAAUAAGUUGAAAAAGAUAUCCAGUACAGUUGUGGACCCCACUGUAUACAAAGAAAUCGAAGAAUCUUUAAGAAAAUUGGGUUACUGUUCCUAAAUUGGAAGAACAUUUGUGGUUUCUCUUAUAUACUAUAAGAUGCAUGAAAGGUUUUGUAAUGUAAUUACUGUUUAAAAGGAUUUAUUAAAAUAAAUAUUAUUGUGAUCAA